CCGGAAGUUGGUUGUGGAGGGUUGGAACUGCGGUCCAGAUUUAAGAGGGCUCCCGCGAUGCCUUCGUCGCGAGUUGUCAGUCAACUCCUGGAACUAUGUCUUCGGUGCCUAAUAAUCAAUAUUUCCAGAUAUAUAUCAGAUAUUAAAUAUUUGCCUCCCAACAUUAAAGAUAGACUGAUUAAAAUAAUGAGCAUGCGGGGUCGGAUAACAGAUUCCAAUAUAAAUGAGGUGUUACAUCCUGAAGUCCAAAGACUAGAUCUGAGGAGCUGUGAUAUCUCAGAUGUGGCUCUCCAGCACCUGUGUAAGUGCAGAAAACUGAAGGCACUAAAUCUAAAAUCCUGCAGAGAACAUAGAAAUAGCAUAACUUCAGAAGGAAUAAAAGCUGUGGCUUCAUCCUGUUCAGACCUUCAUGAAAUUUCUUUGAAAGGAUGUUGCAGUAUCACUGAUGAAGGAGUCCUUGCUCUUGCACUCAAUUGUCAGCUGCUAAAGAUCAUUGAUUUGGGUGGCUGCUUAAGCAUUACUGAUGUGUCCUUACAUGCAUUAGGAAAAAACUGCCCAUGUCUGCAGUGUGUUGACUUUUCAGCUACUCAGGUAUCUGACAAUGGUGUGGUUGCGCUUGUUAGUGGACCAUGUGCCAAACAAUUAGAGGAGAUUAACAUGGGAUACUGUAUAAAUCUAACUGAUAAGGCUGUAGAAGCUGCCCUGACUGCCUGUCCUCAGAUAUGUAUACUUCUUUUCCAUGGCUGCCCCCUGAUAACAGAUCAUUCACGAGAAAUCUUGGAGCAAUUAAUAGGAUCAAGAAAACUAAAGCAAGUGACUUGGUCUGUUUACUGAUCUUUACCGAGGCUGAUCUCAGGACCUUGCCCAGGACAUGCGCUAUAAAUACUUGUUUUUUACUUAAUUUAACACCAGUGUAUUUUUUUUUUAUUUUUUCCCAUAGGAAUUUACUUGCAAUAUGAAUGGCAUAAUAAAAAUUAAAAAUACAGCAUUUUACAAGUUCCAUGUGACCAUAUUAUUCUAUUCAACUCUGGUAAAAAAAAAAAAAACAGGUACACGAGCCCCCACACCAUGAAUGCCUAUUAGAACACAGCAGAAAACCAUAUAUCCAUAGGCUGCUCUUCUUAAAUCUAUAAGCAGCACUUCGAACUAAUAGGCCUAUUAAACUAUUUAGUCUCCAUAGAUAGAGCAGAUCAUUUAAAGUGUGUCCUAAUAUCUCUAAUAGGUUCUGACUUCUUUUUUUUUUUUCAGUGUAUUAUUUUAUUGUCUUAGUUAAGCUGUAACUCUCAGAGAAUCUGUCCAAUCUUAAUGUAAAUGUUUGUGCUUUAAAGUUAACAAGACUUAACACUUUAAUACUUCUAUUAUCCCAUAUUUGUUGGAGCCAUUUUUUUAAUGGUCUGAUGUGAACUCUACUUGAUGGAAAAAGGACUGGGUUUGUUUCUUUAAUAACAAAAGUUUCAAAUGACUUGUAGGCUUAGAUUUUUUUUUAAAUAAGGGUUCUUAAAUGUUUCAGCCUUCCUUCUGGCCCACCACCCAUGAGAGGAAAAGGAAAAGAAAGGUUAAUAAAAAACUGUUUAG